AUGGCGUCAACAAGCCCCGCCCAGAAGCCAGCCGUCAAAGAAGCAACUAAGCGCAAGAGAGCAAGCAUCUCGGACACGGCUUCAACUUCGACAUCAGACUCGGACUCAGAAGACACCGACGAAGAUACGACCGCUGCCUUUACCACUAAGAGAGAGACAGGGCCUUCGCCGCAGUCUCGAGAUGGAACGAGGCGUUCGACAGGCGCAGUUGCGCAUGGUAGUGUUCCGAACAUUCACAACUUCGUCCCAGACCCCAGUGGGCCUUCUACGUUUGCUUCCGAUAACCCUUUCGUCAUGAACAGACCUGGGGAGACAAUCCGAGAACCUAGUGAGGAAAGCGAAGAUGCCGGAAUCAACGGUCUGGCAACCAACGCCAGGCAGAAUCACAGCACAGGGCUCAUGGCGCGACGCCCCAACCUUGCCAUCCAGCAUCAACAAGUCUUCUCAGUUUCCACUGAGCGAUGGCACACAAGGCCUCCAAAGUCCAGGAAGUUGACCUGCGAGCAGCGGCGGGUUGAGCUUUGCCGUACUGUUGACCAACACAAAUUCGACACCUGGAUCUACACACAGCCUGAAGCGGAUACGCCUCCCCCGGAAGUCUUCAUCACACCCGCUCCUACUCGCCCCAAUUCCGCUUCAGCCGGAGAGGAAGCACACAGGCCGUUCUACAUGAGAUUCGAUCCCCGUAUCCACUGGUCUCACGACCGCUCUGACGAGUGGUUUGAGCAGAAGAUGGAAGAGAUCAAGGCUCGCGGCGGACGCAAAGCUAACUUUGGCAAGGCAGCCUACCGGAUGAAACAGCAGAGACUUGCCGAGGAGCGGUCUGAAGCUGGGCAGGCAAUCGCGAGGGCGCUGGCAGCGCGACGGGGUAAGGACCCGCCGAAGCCACCACCCAACCCGCCGCAGCCAUGGUCACACCGAAGACCUAUGGAUUUCGGCGACGUACCGGUGGAGGAGCUUCCCAGCUACGUGCGGAGGAAUGGAGACUGGCUGAAGGCCACUGAGUGGAUGCGGAAAUCACGCGAUCUUUCUUUGAAAGCCGCAGCGCUUGAGGCUGCCGGCGAGCCUUAUGAGCAUUUAUUCAAGAGGAACCGAAAUGGCCAGUGA